AUGAAGCAACAGCAUCUGUCGAUUCCCAAACUGAUGCCGUCACUCAAAAGAUCAUCCGUGAGGAAUUUCGCCGCCUGCACAAUCAUUACAAUAGCUCACAGGAUUCCUGCUGUCAUUGAAUGCGACAGGGGUUUAGUUAUCGAUGAUGGUGUAAUUCUCGAAAUAGGAUGGGUUACAAAAUUCGACAAACCAUCCAAGCUGUUUGAGAGGACCUCAUUAUUUGGUGCAUUGGUACAAGAAUACUCCAACAUGUCAUCAGGAUUAUAA